AUGCGUGCGUCGUGGACAUGGAUGGCCAUCUUGGAGAGUGCAGCCGAAGGUCUCAGUGCCACAAGUGCUCAGGCCUGUUGCGAGCUCUGCUACGAGAAGGCCAGUUGUUUGGCUGCUUCAUACCGAAGCUCCACCGAGGAGUGUCUGCUGGGUGGUGCGCGGUAUCCUGGAGGAUCCGCAGAUCGCGCAGAUGUGCUGGCGUGCAGUCCACGAAAAGCAGCAUGUGAUUUGAAGGAAGGUGCUGAUUAUAUCGCGGCUCGUGGAUCGACGGUCAAAGAUGUGCACAGCACUGAGCAAUGCUGCGCGCUUUGCGCAACAUGGGAAGAUUGCAAGGUGCUACUUGAAAGCUGGUUUCGUGUCCGAGCGCCAAAGCAGCAAUCCGAUUGUGGCCUGUGUGGCCCGUGGAAAGAUCGAAGCACCGGAGGCAAUGCAUCACGGCCGGUGCUUCUAGAUGGUGCGGAGACUUUGAUAGACAUGGGAAGUCGUCUCAUCAAGAUCGCGCUUUUUCGACCUGCGUGGAACUAUGCGGUGAAUUCUGAAUGGCCAUCGGACGAGUCCUUUCCAACUUUGAAGUCGGUGGCAGUGCAUGAGCACUUUCGGCAUCUUUGGGAGAUGGACUUUGACACCUAUGUGCUCGUCGCUUAUUCAACAGCAGGAGGCAGGUCUGCUGGCAACAUGGCAGCAGGUUACUGGGUGCAAGGCAUCACAGAAGAGCAGGAGGCUGAAGAAGAAUUGCAGUUCUACGAAGCCGCUGCCUUUUUCCUGGAGACAUAUCCGCAUAAGACCUUUGUCUUCACCAACUGUGAAGGUGAUUGGGAGAUCCGUGGCGGUUUGGGGGUACAGCGAGCACCCCAUGAAGCUGCUUUCGCAUCGAUGGCCAGGUGGCUGCAGGCACGACAAGCCGGUGUCACGAGAGCCCGGCAGAGGCACCGCAUGCCAGGAGCAGCUGGCAACGUGUACUUGGCAGGGGAAGUGAACCUCGUUGCCGAGUCCCUCUUUGAGGGGAAGCCCAACGUGGUGAACCGCGUGUUGCCCUUCGUGCAGCUGGACAUGGUCUCAUACAGUAGUUAUGAUACGCAGCAGGACCUCCGCGAGUUUGAAGCAGCUUUGAGGUAUCUGGCCUCGCAGCACAAUCGUAGCGCGUGGUCCCCAAAUGGGAUGUCGGCGCUGAUGCUGGGAGAGUUUGGGCUUCCACAGAGCAAGAUGACCCUGCCAGACAUCACCUACAUUUUGGGCAAUGUGAUCAAUUCGGCUUUGGCAAUGGGUGUGUCCUACAUCCUUUUUUGGGAGACCUUCUGCAAUGAAUGCCUCCCGGGCCCUGGCUGUGGAGCUGAUGGGCGAUGUCGAGAGAAGGUGCCGGUGACGGAGGUUGAUCGCUUGAAUGGCUUUUGGUUGGUCUGGCCAGAUGGCACCAAAGCGUGGCCUUGGAGAUAUCUUCACCAAAAGCUGCACGAGGCUCCUGAGUCAGAGCUUUGGGCCCUUCGCCGUGAACGUGAGGACGAGACAGGUGCCCUCUAUGGAAGGUCCACCCUGGCUUUGCUGGGCUCCGCAGCAGUAGCAGUGGCCUCCAUUUUCCGAUACUGCCGUGUGCAUAGGAGGUCGAAAAAGCAUGGCGCAUGCUGCAUGUUGUUUUUGUGA